CCAUGGGCUGUGCCAGGGAGAUGGGAACAAGACAAGGCACUGCCUGUGCCAAGGUCAAGCAGGCACAGAACCCUUGUGGCAUCUUUGAAUGCUUGUUUGCCCUCAAGGUAAGGCAUGGGAGGAAGUUUUCUGCUAGAAGAAUUAAGAAAAGAAGAAGUGUUUGGUUGUUCAGCUGCGAUGUGUUCAGCGCUGCAUGAUGGGAACGUCUCUGCCAAAAGAAGAGAGGCUGGAAGACAAAAUCUUCCCCAAAGAGUCAGUGAGAGCUAAUCAAACUUCAUCAGUGUUCACUUGCCCAGACAAACAGGACCAGAAUAUUAAACUGACAGAGGGAAACCUAUUUUCACCAGUUUUCUCUGUGUUACAAAACAGAAUGAGGAGAGUCAAUUGAUUUUCCUGGAGCUGGUUGUGUUUAAAAUGUAUGGGAGGGAAGGGAAGAACUGGGAUACAGGCUGGAAGUAUUCUGCCCCUGGAAUAUCAGUCAGUGCUGAUAUCCCCCUGCCCUCCUAAAAUAGCUGUUGGCUUAGAAAAGGGUAAAAAUAAAUUUAAAAAUGAAAGAUUCUUGCUAGCAGGGCCAUGCUUGGAGGAUGGAGGGAAAGCAAAUUCUGGGAUUUGCUGUGGAGGCAGCGAGCUGCCUGGUGCCCUGGUGUGCUAGGAGAGACUGCUGAGGUAAGAGACAGCUUUUUGGGGAGAUCUUGCUGAACACAUUGCCAGGAGCGCCCAGGAAAAAAAAGUCAGGGCUUCUUGUUGGGCUGCUGGCAUUCCUGUCUCCUCUCUGUUCCUGACAAAGAGUGGGGAGGACGAGAGGAAUUAAGACCUCCUAGCAGGGAAAAUAGGGAAUAAAAGGCCCCCACCCCAAAUGUCAGAGGGGAAAAUCAGCCAAGUUCAGGCUGUUUUCCCACUGCUGGGGUUGGAGCAGUGCCUGUCUGAGCUGAGCCUUGCUGCAGGAUGAAAAAUCAGCUCUGAGGUAGCUCUGCUGAUGGAUCCUUCACCCCUCAGCUGCUGCUCAGCUCUCCCUCUCAUCCAACAUGGACAUGAACCAACUCAAAGCAGUUGAAAUCUUUUUUGGGGUACAGAUUGGACUCAAAUGUAGAGCUGUGCUCAGCCCAGAAUCCAGAGGCAGGAAAAAUCCCUGUGGAAACUGCAGCUGUACGAGUGAAAAUGAUAAUAAUGCUCACAGCAGUGAAGCUUCCCACCAGCACCAGAGAGGGUGGAAAUGGGAACAGCAAGGAAACCUUCUGUGGGCUGGACUGGGUGAGUUUUUGCUUUUCCACCUGUAAAAAAGCAGGACUUGGACGGCAAAGCAACUCCAUUGAAACUCCAGGGCAGCGCCUUUGAACGGCGCUUUAAGCCUAGCACUGUUUAAUGCUAAUGCUGUAACUUUAUAUAUAUGGGCUUUUUCUUUUUUUUUCCCCUUUACACAAAGGAGGAAGGGGCUCAAUUCUUCUGAGGGUUGGGUUUUCUGUUCCCUGAGCAGCAGAGCUGCGAGGCCAGCUCUGUCUCUCUGGCAUUUCCAUCUGAAUCUGCCUGAAGGGGGUGAGCUUUUGGGGAAGAAAGAGGCUUCUCUCCCUCUCCAGGCCAGAAUCUGAUCUCCAGAUUAGCCUGCUGGUUAUCAACAGAGGAGCAACAGUUGUGAUUGCAACUCAACACUGCUCCAGCCCUGGAAGAGCAUUGAGGAAAACAGAGUUUCCAAUUGGGAGAGCAAAGGACUGAGCCAUCGUUUCAGACAUCAGCAAUAACUGGCAUGGCAGCACGGGCAUGCAUUCUCCACUGACAUAGGAUUUCGCCCUGCUCUACCAAGACUGGUCUAAAAUUCCAGACCUGAUUACUCCUCUAGCCUACAAACAGGAUGAACAAGAGAUCAUUCCUGGGAGCCUGGGUGGCCCUUUUGGUGAUAACAGCACAGCAGCGAGCUCACACCAUGGCAAGCCUCUAUCCAUACUGGCAGAACGACACCAAAACCCCCAAAGUCGAUGAUGGCAGCUCCCCUGAAAUCAAGAUCUCUAUGCCAUUCAUCUUUUUUGGAGCCCCAUACAGAAGCAUUUAUGUCAACAACAACGGCGUGAUCUCCUUCAACGCCCUGGUCAGCCAGUUCACGCCCGAGGCCUUCCCGCUGGCCGACGGCCGCGCCUUCGUGGCGCCCUUCUGGGCCGACGCGCACAACGGCAUCCGCGGCGAGAUCUACUACCGGGAGAGCACGGAGCCCGAGCUGCUGCGCAGGGCCUCCGGGGACGUCCGCCGGCACUUCAGGGACAUGGCCUCCUUCUCUGCCCGCUGGCUCUUCAUCGUCACCUGGGAGGAGGUCACCUUCUACGGGGGCAGCAGCACGACGCCGGUGAACACGUUCCAGGCUGUCCUGAUCACAGACGGGGUGUCAUCCUUUGCCUUGUUCAACUACCACGAAAUCAGCUGGACCACGGGCACGGCCAGCGGAGGGGACCCCCUCACUGGUCUCGGCGGGGUGAUGGCUCAGGCUGGCUUCAAUGGUGGAAAUCUCACCAACUUUUUCAGCAUCCCAGGCUCCAGAACCCCAGACAUUGUCAAUAUUGAGGAAACAACCAACGUAAAUGUCCCUGGGCGCUGGGCUUUCAAAAUAGAUGGCAGAGAAAUAGACCCGGCCAACGGCUGCAGCCUGAGAGGCCAGUUUCUCCGUCAAGGGGAGAUCUUUUGGGACAACGCCAACUGCACCACCAAGUGCCGCUGCCUGGACUUCAACAAUGAGAUCCUGUGCCAGGACAUGGCUUGUGGCCCCUUCGAGGCGUGUGAGACGAAGAGCAAAUUCUUCCAGUGCGUGCCGGUGGAGAGCAGCACCUGCGUGGUGUUCGGAGAUCCACAUUACCACACCUUCGACGGCUUCCUCUUUCACUUCCAGGGUUCCUGCUCCUACCUCCUCGCCAGGCAGUGCUGGCCAGGCUCCCAGCUGCCCUACUUCAACGUGGAGGCCAAGAAUGAGAACCGAGGCGGCUCCUCCGUCUCCUGGCUGAGGGAUAUUUAUGUGGAGGUCUACUCGCACAAGAUUGUUCUCCCCAGGGGCGGAUUUGGGAAGGCAAAGGUGGACGACCUGGUGGUGUCCUUGCCCAUCUCCUUGGAACUGGGCGCAAUCAAGGUCUACCAAAGCGGGCUGUCCACUGCCCUGGAGACUGACUUUGGCCUGCUGGUGACCUACGAUGGACAGCACUACGCCUCCGUGUCCGUGCCGGGCUCGUACAUCAACGCCACGUGCGGGCUGUGCGGCAAUUACAACAAAGACCCCGAGGACGACGUCCUGCGCUCGGAUGGGAGGGUGGCCACGUCCGUGCCAGAGCUGGGCGAGAGCUGGCAGGUGCCACAUCCCGAGCGCAGGUGCUCCACGGGCUGCCUGGAGAACUGCAGCCUCUGCGACGCCGCCACCGAGGCGCUGUAUUUCACCCCCGAGUACUGCGGCUUCAUCAACAAGAGCGGGGGGCCCCUCUGGGAGUGUGGCUCUGUCGUGGAUCCCACUGCCUUCAUCCACAGCUGCGUCUACGACCUCUGCAGCACCAAGGACAAUGGCACCGGGCUGUGCCAGGCCAUCCAGGCGUACGCCACCGUGUGCCAGGCCCUGGGCAUCUCGGUGGGAGAGUGGAGGAGCCAGACGGGAUGUGCGGCGGCCGUGCAGUGCCCGGAGCUCAGCCAGUACUCGGUGUGUGCCACCAGCUGCCCUGCCACCUGCUCCGACCUCACUGCCCCGCUGGCCUGCACCUCCCCCUGCACCGAGAGCUGCGAGUGCCCCGAGGGCCACGUCCUCAGCGCCGACCGCUGCGUCCCCGUCCAGGGCUGCGGCUGCGACGUGAACGGCCGCUACUACGCCGUCGGGGAGUCCUUCUGGGCAUCACCAGACUGCACUGUGCAGUGCCACUGCGAGGCUGGCGGGGAGGCCAGGUGCUUCAACACCACCUGCCCCGAGGGAGAGAUCUGCACCAUCGAGAACGGCUACCGGGGGUGCUACCCAAAGCGGGAGACCGUGUGCUUGGUGGGGCAGGACCAGGUGCUGCAGACCUUUGAUGGCAUCACCUUCCCCUACCCGCUGGAACAGUCCUACACGCUGCUCAAGACCUGCCCAGAGAGGCCAGACUUCAUUGAGGUGGACAUCAACCAGAAGAAGGUCGGCACUGCUCCCAACGGGCCGCGCGUCGUGCGGGUCCAGGCGGUCGGCCAAGAGGUGAAGAUUGGAGGCACCAGGCUGUCAGACAUUAAGGUGAAUGGUUAUGACGUGGAGCUGCCCUAUUUCCACCCCUCUGGGCGCCUGGAAAUCUACCGGACUGACAACAGCACCGUGAUGGAGUCUGAGGGGCUCCUGGCCAUCAGCUACUACGACUCCGGCCUCCUGGAGAUCCGCCUCUCCACCUCCUACUUCAACUGCACCGGGGGCCUCUGCGGCCUCUUCAACGACAACGCCACCGACGAGUUCUGCCUGCCCAAGGGCAAGUUCACCGACAACCUGGAGCUCUUCCUGGAGAGCUGGACCACCUUCGACGAGAUCUGCAACGGCGAGUGCGGGGACCUGCUCAUGGCUUGCAACAACGACUCGGAGCUGCUCAAGUCCUACAGGAGCCGCUCCAGCUGCGGCAUCAUCAACGACCCCACCAACAGCUCCUUCCUGGAGUGCCACAGCGUGGUCAACGUCUCGGCCUACUACAGGACGUGCCUCUUCCGCCUGUGCCAGAGCGGGGGCAACGUGUCAGAGCUGUGUGACUCGGUGGCACGCUACGCCAGCGCCUGCAAGAACGCCGAUGUGGACAUCGGCCAGUGGAGGAGCCACAGCUUCUGCCCUCUCUCCUGCCCGGAGAACAGCCACUUUGAGGAGUGCAUGAGCUGCGUGGAGACCUGCGAGAGCCUGGCCUCGGGCCCCGUGUGCAGGGACACCUGCUCGGAGGGCUGCCAGUGCGACGAGGGCUUCGCCCUGCGCGGCACCCGCUGCAUCCCCCGCCGCGAGUGCGGCUGCAACUUCGAGGGCCGGCAGCUGGCCACCAACCAGACCUUCUGGAUGGACAUCUCCUGCCACUUCCUGUGCUACUGCAACGGCUCGGACAACAGCGUGUACUGCGAGAAUGUGUCCUGCAAGGACGACGAGUACUGCCUGGAGGAGAACGGCCUCUACUACUGCCACGCGCGCACCGACGCCUCCUGCAUCAUCUCGGGCUACGGGCACUACCUGACUUUUGAUGGCUACUCCUUCGACUUCCAGAGCAGCUGUGAGCUGGUGCUGUGCACCACCAUCUCCCGGCCCAGGGUGGAGCGCUCGGACACAUUCCCAACGUUCACCGUCACGGCCAAGAACGAGGAUCGGGACACCUCUCUGGCCCUGUGGGUGAAGCAGGUGGAAGUGGAGGUCUUUAAUUACAAGAUUGUUAUCCACCGUGCCUACAAGUACACUGUGCUGAUCAACGAUGAGCGUCUCUACCUGCCCCUGAAGCUGGGCCAGGGCAAAGUGAACAUCUUUGCCUUCGGUUUCCACAUCGUGGUGGAGACCGACUUCGGGCUGAAGGUUGUGUACGACUGGAAGACCUUCCUGUCUGUCACCAUCCCACGGGCCUUCCAGAACCUCACCUAUGGCCUCUGUGGCCGCUACAACGGCAACCCCGAGGACGACCUGGUGGCUGCAGGGGGGACACCGGCCACCAGCAUCAGUGACUUUGUGCAGAGCUGGGCCAAGCGGGACGCGUUCUGCCGCGUGGGCUGCGGCGACCGCUGCCCGGCCUGCGGCAAGGUGGAAGGAUUCUGGAAGCCCCAGCAGCUCUGCAGCCUCAUCCCCAGCCAGAGUGGUGUCUUUGCCAAGUGCCACAGCAAGAUCAACCCCGGCUUCUUCUACAAGAACUGCCUCUUUGACACCUGUGUGGAUGGGGGGGCCAUGCAGACAGCCUGCAGCUGGCUGCAGAACUACGCCAGCACCUGCCAGACUCAGGGCAUUGCCAUCACUGGCUGGAGGAACUUCACCUCGUGCUCUGUCAGCUGUCCCCCCAACAGCCACUACGAGAGCUGUGUGUCCCUGUGCCAGCCCCGAUGUGCUGCCAUCCGGCUGAAGAGCGACUGCAGCCACUACUGCGUGGAGGGCUGCCAGUGUGACCCUGGCUAUGUCCUCAAUGGCAAGAGCUGCAUCCUGCCCCACAACUGUGGCUGCUACUCUGAUGGCAAAUACUACGAGCCCAAGCAGCUCUUCUGGAGUGGGGACUGCACCCGGCGGUGCCGCUGCUUCCGGCGCAACCUGAUCCAGUGCGACCCCCGGCACUGCAAGUCGGACGAGGAGUGCGCGCUGCGCAACGGCGUCCGCGGCUGCUUCAGCACCCGCAGCUCCUUCUGCCUGGCGGCCGGCGGCGGCGUCUUCCGCACCUUCGACGGCGCCUUCCUCCGCUUCCCCGCCAACUGCGCCUUCGUCCUCUCCACCAUCUGCCAGAAGCUGCCCGACUUCUCCUUCCAGCUCAUCAUCAACUUCGACAAGUGGUCCUCGCCCAACCUCACCAUCAUCUCCCCCGUGUACUUCUACAUCAACGAGGAGCAGAUCCUCAUCAGCGACAGGAACACUGUCAAGGUGAACGGAAGCCUCGUGAGCAUCCCCUUCGUCACGGGGCUGUCCACCAAGAUCUUCAGCCAGGAGGGCUUCCUGGUCAUCGACUCCAGCCCCGACAUCCAGAUCCGCUACAACGGCUUCAACGUCAUCAAGAUCACCAUCGGGGAGCGGCUGCAGAACAAGGUGUGCGGCCUCUGCGGCAACUUCAACGGCGACCGCACCGACGACUACGCCACGCUGCGGGGCAAGCCGGCCGUCAGCAGCGUGGUGCUGGCACAGAGCUGGAAAACCAACGGCAUGCAGAAGAGCUGCAACGAGCUGCAGUACUCGCAAUACGCCGCCUCCUGCGACAACGUCCAGAUCCAGGAGCUGCAGAGUGACAGCUACUGCCUGAAGCUGACCGACAUGAAAGGCUUCUUCCAGCCCUGCUAUGGCCUCCUGGACCCGCUGCCCUUUUAUGAGUCCUGCUUUCUGGAUGGCUGCUACAACCACAAGAAGGUCCAGCUGUGUGGCUCGCUGGCUGCCUAUGGAGAGGCCUGCCGGACCUUCGGCAUCCUGGGCACCGACUGGAUCGAGAAGGAGAAUUGCUCAGGAGUGGUGGAAGAUCCCUGCGUGGGCGCCGACUGCCCCAACCGCACCUGCGAGCUGGACAACGGCGGGGAGCUGUGCGGCUGCAUCGAGCCCCCGCCCUAUGGGAACACCACCCAUGACAUCAUUGAUGCGGAGGUGACCUGCAAGGCUGCCCAAAUGGAGGUGUCCAUUUCAAAGUGCAAGCUGUUCCAGCUGGGCUUUGAGCGUGAGGGCGUGCGGGUCAACGACCGCCACUGCCCCGGCAUCGAAGGGGAGGACUUCAUCUCCUUCCAGAUCAACAACACCAAAGGCAACUGUGGCAACUUGGUGCAGUCCAACAGCACUCACAUAGUGUACAAGAACACGGUGUGGAUCGAGAGUGCCAACAACACGGGCAACAUCAUCACCCGGGACAGGACCAUCAACGUGGAGUUCUCCUGUGCCUAUGAGCUGGACAUCAAGAUCUCCCUGGACUCAGUUGUGCGGCCGAUGCUCAGUGUGAUUAACCUGACGGUGCCGACACAGGAAGGGAGCUUCACCACCAAGAUGGCUCUGUACAAGAACUCAUCCUACAAGCACCCAUACAGGCAGGGCGAGGUGGUGCUCACCACCCGGGACGUGCUCUAUGUGGGGGUCUUUGUGGUGGGGGCCGACUCCAACCACUUGAUCCUGAUGCUGAACAAGUGCUACGCCACCCCCUCGCGGGACAGCAACGACAAACUGCGCUACUUCAUCAUCGAGGGAGGGUGCCAAAACAUGAAGGACAACACCAUUGGCAUAGAGGAGAACGGGGUGUCCCUGACGUGUCGCUUCCACGUCACCGUCUUCAAGUUCAUCGGGGACUAUGACGAGGUUCACCUGCACUGCGCCGUGUCCCUCUGCGACUCCGAGAAAUACUCCUGCAAAAUCAACUGCCCUCAGCACACGAGGAUGGCCAGCGCCUUCGCCGAGGAGUCCAAGGAGCAGAUCCUCUCAGUGGGGCCUAUCCGGAGGAAGCGAUCAGACUGGUGUGAGGACAACGGAGGCUGUGAGCAGAUCUGCACGAGCCGGGCGGACGGGCCUUUGUGCAGCUGUGUGACAGGGACGCUGCAAGGGGACGGCAAGAGCUGCAGGGCCUCCAGCUCUUCAGGGGAGCACCGUGCCCGAGUGACCCUCCUGCUGGCGGCCCAGCUGUGGCUGUGGCUGCGCUCGGCCCCGCGGCCCCUGACCUCGUAGGCGCGGCCCCGCCGCCCAGCCAAAAACUGUUCUCGCGUCAGCCUGAGUCUUUGUAGGGUAGGAGACAGCCCCCCCGCCGUGGCCACGCUGCUGCCCACCCGGCCAUGCUGCGAGGAGGCAGAGGGAUGUCACCUGAGAGAGGUGGGACGCGGACCCGACCGUGACGUGCAGCCGGCACAGCGACACUGAGCGGGAUGUUUGCCAGCAGCGAUGUGGGACUGGGGUUUGGGGGUUUUUGUUACAGCUUUCCAUCACUGAUGUGGACUCAAGGAGGGGUUUUGCAGCUUUUUUCCCAGGCUCUCCCUUGUGGGGUGCACUGAAGGUGGCCCACGCCACUGUUGGUAGUGUGGGAUGGGGUGGAGCACGUGCUGUCCCCUCAACAUGGACAGCUCCCACUGUCCUUGGGAGCUGCCACCAGGGUCUUAUGAGCUCACAGACUCAACCAGAGGUGGGUCUUGGGGCACAGAGCAGUGCAUUGCCAUCUCUGGAUGACGUGACACCUUGGGACCGUGUCACCCUCUGACUCUCUGGAGCGGAGGUGGUGCUGAGGUUUGGUUCAGAGAGCCAAACUCAUCCAUGGGGCUCUGGAAAUCUUGGCAUUGUGCUGUGGUGGUGACAAGCUGGUGCCAAUAAUUGGAAAGAGGUGCUUUCUGGUGGGCAGGAACGAGAGUCAGAGGAAGGAGGGACGAAAUUCCCUGCCGUGUUUGUGUGGGGUGCAAGGGUUGAGGGUCAGAGCAGGGUUGGGGUCUGCGGGCACAGGGCAGCAUUGGGGUGCCUGGUGAAAGAGUGGGGAGCAGCCUUGGGGUGCUGGUGGGUGUGGGGGGCUGUGUUGGUGUCUUGUCUUGUGUUUGUACUCUGUGAAACGGCUGCGUGGGAAUAAAAAGUGUUGUAACCCUUCGUAAGCACCGGCUCCUGUCUGAUGGGGGCGAGGAGCAGCGGGGCCUGGAAGGACACCAAGGCUGCAAAGAGUCCCAGGGAGGGUGGACUGGGAGUUUUGGGGUGCCAGGCAGGGGCACACCAGAGCUGAGGGCAGGGGUCGUGGCUGGAGUGUGGGUCUGGCAGGUUUGCCAUGGGGUGGGCUGGGAUGAAGGGCAGAAGGAGCAGAGGAGAUUUGGGCUCUGGGGCAGGAGGGCAGCUGGUUCCUCUGCCUCAAGACAAGAGGUGGGUAACAGGAUGUCAUGGACUCUGCUCUGCUUGUUCUCUGCCUCCAGCUCCCUCUCUGUCCCCUCUGUGUGUGUGUUAGCUCUGAAUUCUCUUUUUCUCCCUGUGACUACCUCUCUUCUUUCUGCUGCCUCAUUCCCCCCAGCUCUGUUCCUCUUUACUGUCCUGUCUCUGCUCUCUCUGCCCUCUCUGUGCUUCUCUGCCAUCCCUCUCCUGUCCCCUCUCUGCUCCCUCUCAGUGUCACUCUCAGCUCUCCAGUGUCACUCUGUCUCUCUGCCUUUGGUCUGUUUGCUCUUUGUGCCUCUUUGCCCUCUCUCUCCCACAUUUUCUCUCUAUCUCUGUGCCCUCUGCACCUCCCUCUUUGCUCUCCAGGUCUCCCAUCUCCUCCUCCAGUCUCUCUUUGCCCCGGGCCAUGUCUCACCCUUAUCUCAGCGUUAAUUAAUGAACUGCUGAAGGACGGCAGCAGUGUGGGUGUGCUGC